ACAAAAGCUUCUUCUUUCUUUCCAAAAUCUUCGUGAAAUAAGGUGUAGAGUUCUCACUGAGCUAAGGCCUUAAAAUCCGUUUACAUCCUUGUAAGCAAGGCAACCUACAUCGAGUUUCCCAACCAUCCUGAAAGAAAAAGCAUAGUUUUACAUUAUGGCAUCAAAAUCUGAACUCGCUUGUGUGUACAGUGCCCUUAUUUUACACGAUGACGAUGUCGAUAUCACCGCUGAGAAGAUCAGCAAGCUCAUCAAAGCAGCCAAUGUAGAAGUAGAAUCCUUCUGGCCYGGUCUCUUUGCUAAGGCACUAGAGGGUCACAACAUCAUGGAUCUCAUUGCUAGCGCUGGUGCUCCUGGUAGUGGUGSUGCUGCCCCUGCUGCUGGUGGUGCUGCUGCCGGUGGAGAAGCUGCUGAAGAAAAGAAAGAGGAGAAGAAGAAGGAAGAAUCUGAGGAAGAAUCUGAUGAUGAUAUGGGCUUUGGUCUCUUUGACUAGACAUCAACCAUCAAUCAAGAAUAAUAUCAAUAAAAAAUGUUCAGUUAGAUCA